CCACAGGAACAUUACAUUUAGGAAAUUAUCUCGGCGCUGUAAAAAGAUGGGGAGAAGAAUUAACUGUAGAAAACAGAAUGAAUAAGAUGUUCUGCGUGGUUGACCUUCAUGCUAUAACAUUGCCUCAAGAUCCAGGAGCACUCAGGUCGGGAAUACGAGAGAUGACAGCGAGUCUUCUAGCUUGCGGACUAGAUACUGACCGAUGUAUCCUGUUCCAGCAGUCCACAGUUAAGGAACAUUCAGAACUCUGUUGGAUUCUUGGAACGCUCUGUACUGUUCCUAGAUUAGCACAGUUGACACAGUACAAAGACAAAUCAGAGAAGUUAAAAGAAGUCCUUUUAGGAUUAUAUUUAUACCCAGUGUUACAAAGUGCAGAUAUUCUUCUCUAUAAGGCUACAAAGAUCCCGGUAGGAGAGGACAACAUUCAAAACAUUCAAAUAGCUCAGUAUUUGUGCCAGAAAUUUAAUUCUACUUAUGGAACCUACUUCCCACGACCAGAGGCCGUACUGCCUGAUAACAACACAGCCCGGCUCCGGAGUUUGAGAAAUCCGGAGAAAAAGAUGUCGAAGUCCGACCCGGAUCCUAAAUCUUGUAUUUUCAUCAAUGAUUCUCAAGAUAUAAUUCGGGAAAAAAUAAAGAAAAGUGUGACAGAUACAAUAAAAGAAAUAACUUACGAUCCGGAAAAUAGGCCAGGUGUAGCAAACUUAAUCCUAAUCUACAGCAGUUUAACCAAUCAAACUCCUGACCAAGUAGAACAAUAUAUUAUCACCAACAAUAUAAAUAAGGUUGUUCUGAAAGAAAUGGUUACAUCAACUCUUAUUGAACAUCUGACUCCCAUCAGAGAAGAAAUGACAAGAUUGUUAGAUGAUAACAUGUAUCUGGACUCUGUACUCGACAAGGGAAGGGACAGUGCACAAAGUAUUGCCAGUCAAACUAUUAAAGAUGUCAAGAGAAUGGUUGGUCUUCUAUAACAAGAAUGAAAAGCGAUAUUUUCUAAAAAAUGCGGAAUUUUUUUUCAGAGAUCUUCAAAAUUUAAGAAAAAAAUUAAAAUGUUUUGAAAA